AUUAUUUCGUCAAAUAGGACAGGAGUAAGUUGUUUUUACUUAGUUGCAACAUGGCAACGAUAUAUGAAAACUCACAAUGUAGUAGCUUAAAAAUUGAAGGACAUUUAGGUGAUCUGCAAGUUACGGAAGUAUCAAGUGAUAGCGAGGAAGAAACAUGUGAUAUACCAGAUGCUUCAAUGAGUUCAAAGACUUUGUGUCCAGGGUCACUUUCUACUUUUCCUCAAUCGCUUGUGCAGACAUCAGUAACACCAGUUGUUGGGAAUGUAUCAGUGAGUGAUUCAGAAAAUGUGCAAUUUGGUAAUAAUACAUACUUCAAUGGGCCAGUCACUAUCAAGCAGAUCGUACAUGAGAAAUCAGGUGUGGAGAAUGUUUCAUAUUCAAAAACUGAGGAAGAGUUACACAAUGGCACAUUUUCUAAGAAUCCACAUUUGGUGUAUGCUGAAAUCAAGAAAAAUGGAAUAUUGAUGUGGCAUAAAUUGACAUUCUCCCUUGUUUGCAUAGCGAUUAUUGCUGGGAUUGUUGCUGUCGUGGUAAUACUUCAGAACACGGGUGAUACUCAGAAACAUAGCCCACUGACUGAAUUUGAUGAUGAAAAUGGAGCAGAGGAUUCACUUAUAAUCUCAUCAGAUUACCAGAGAAUUGUGUCUCGUUCCGAUUGGCUGGCGCAACCCGUGGAGUCGCCUCUUGAUAAAAUCAGGCAACCCAUACCUUGGGUCAUAAUCACUCACACGGCCACAGAAAGCUGUUCUAGUCAAAGUCAAUGUGUGCUUCGAGUACGUCUUAUCCAGAAUUUUCACAUCGAAUCGCGUGGUUGGAGUGAUAUAGGAUAUAACUUCUUAGUCGGAGGUGAUGGUUCAGUAUACUUCGGCCGCGGUUGGGACUAUAUUGGUGCCCACACUCAAGGAUAUAACAAAUAUUCUAUAGGAAUUGCAUUUAUAGGUACUUAUAAUACCGAGAACCCAGUGAAUCGACAGAUCGAAGCUUGCCAGAAGAUUAUACGACAAGGUGUAAGAUUAGGAAAACUGGCCAAAGACUAUAAACUAUUUGCGCAUAGACAAUUGAUGUCCACUCUAAGUCCCGGUGAUACAGUGUACGAUAUUGUUAAAACUUGGCCGCAUUUUGUUAAGAAUGUUACUGAUAUCAAUAACUUAAUACCUAAUUAUUAGUUGAUAUAUUCUGUUUGGGUCUACAAAUAUAGUAGACAUUACUAUUUACCACCAAUUCUAUUAUACACAUGAACAAAUUUAAAGGAACGCAAAAGAAAGUUUGUAUACAACAUAAAGAUUAUGCAAUUUCUGACAAUUACGUUUAUUAUUUUGGUUUUUACUUAUUAUCUGUUUAUUUUAAAUUACAAAGGCCGAGAAAAGCAUUAUUUAUCAAUUAACAAAAUCAAAUAAAUUAAGUUAAAAAGAGAAACGGAGACAAACAUUUUUGGAUUCAACAUUUUAUUCCAUUUAUCCAUUAAGUUUAGGAAAGGUCCUAAAGUGAGCUUUAAUCAAAACUAAGUAUCGCCCCUUCUAGCUCUUUGAACUGUUUCCAAUCUCAUGGCAUACUCCUAAUAAAAUUAUCAAUAAAAUCCAUUUGUCGUGUUCCAUUCUCACUGUAACGCGUUUUUAAGUUCUCUCAUACUAGCUCCGCUAGAUUUCGAUUCUUAAUUUGUCUCACAAGCUUGUCCCAGACAUGCUCUAUGGGAUUUAAAUCGAGCAAACGAGCUGGCCAUCUUCUUACAUUGAUAUCCACAUCGCGAAGGUAUUCAACAAAUACGGCCGCAGUAUAGGGGCGUACAUUAUCAUUCAUAAAAACAAACCAAUCUCCCAUUAAAAGAGCUAGUGGUAUAUUGCAUUGUAUACUUAAAUGUCAGUUACAUAUCGUGCCGCCGUUAAUGUGCCUUUCUCAAUGACGCAGAGUUCCGAACGUCCAACCUUACAAAUAGCUUCCCAUACCAUAACUGACACUCCACUAUAUUCCUGUUUUUAAAAUAUGAUGUUGCACUGUACGUACCCGUCUUCACACUUUAAUCAUUCCAACGUCUGCCUUAAGGCAAGAUCUGUGAAUAGAACAUGACUCCAAGAUUUGUCGUUCCAAUUGUAUAAUGAUUGCACACAAAAUCAACUCGAGCUACUCGAUGGCAAGAAGGAGGCAAUUAUCUCACCGUUUUAGUGCUUUCUGUAACGCCGCAAACAUCUCAGAGUUUCGAUCUUACCUGAUAAGAAGUUAAGGUCUUGUUGGAAACAAGCACGCUGUUAACGACAAAAUGGUCAUCAUUAAUCUGAAGAUACCUCUUGACAACUUGAUGUAUCACAUAUUUGGAUACUCGUUAUGUUUGGGCAACUUGAAUUGGCAGUUAAAUCUUGCAUUCUCAGUAUGUUUUACGUAAUGAUUCGCACUUAGUAAGAUAAACAAGGCAAUCAAGGCUAAACUAAAAACAAUAUCUCCAAUUCAAAAAUUGAAAAUACUGCGUAGUACAGAAAGACACCAAAUUCGCAAUACUUACGCGUAUAGCAAAUGAAAUUCAAAAGCCUUUUUCUUGCGUUCCACUAAAUUUGUACAUAAGUGUCUUAAUAUACAUCUGCAAUAACGACCUGUACAAGGUCAGAUUAUUUUUCAAGACAAAUGCAUAUUUGGAUAUAAAUCUCGGCAACAGCCUUGAGCGGUGUUAUUCAUUGUCUUAACUUUCAUCAAAAAAUUAUCUUAUACAUUAAAAUUUGUAUAUUAUACUGAUGUUAGCUACAUUUGUAAAUAUUACGAAGUGAAUUAAAUGGCGUUAUCCAUUUCUUUCUUAUUAAGAUAAGUUACAAUUGAUCGUUCCAUUUGGUACAAGGUGUGGUCGAUUUUUGCUUGUAGCACCUAUGACUGUGGACUUAGGCCACAGCGAGGGAACGGAUUGUUUGAUAUUAGUAUAAUUAUGUUAUUUAUUACUGUGAUAAGUAUGGUUAGCUAGGAUAUCAAAAGUUUUAUUUUUGUUACCUUAGAAGAUACCUACGUACUACUUUUUAAUGGCUUGAGUGAGAGUGAAUGUACAAAAAAUGCAUGCAAAAUGUAGCUUCCUUCUGCUUCCCGACACUAACCGUGUUAUUGUGUAGGACGAUAAUAACUUGAGAGUAGGUUGACUAUCAGACAGAUCUUCCACUUUCAGGAGAUUGGGUAACCCCGCACUGGUCUAGAAAGAAUCUUUUUUAAAAAUCAGCUAAGAUAUUAUCUUGUUUAGUUUGUCUAUGGUGUCGGUAAUAUUUAUUAGAUAUAAUAUGAUGUUUUAAAAUAAUCUCAAAGUUAUGUAUAUAUGUGAGCUAAAUAUGUAAAAUAGAUUUUUUUUUAAACUAUUUAAUUAUGUAUAAAUAAUAUGUAGUGGUUUAAGUACUUGCGUGUAACUAUAGGCCUAUUAAAUGUGAGAUCCAUGAUAGUUAGAUUGUACAAAAUCUAUUUUAAGAAUAUUACGAGUGUAAAAUUGUAUAAUUUAAAUUAAAACAGGUUAUUAUAUCAAUUUAUUAUGUAAAGCUUAAUCUUAAGCGAGGCAUAAUGGUAAUAAGCAUACAACCGAGAGAACCCCUGGAUCUUGAUAUUUAUUUUGUAUAUUGUAAUAAUUAUAGUCUAACCCCCUUAUUCAUAAUAGUCUGCUAACUUAAAGCAUUGCUAAUUCAAAACACUCCUUAGCGGCUGUUUAAAGUUAGCGGACCAUUAUGAAUAAGGGGGUAAGGAUUUUCCUAUAGCUAUCAGCAUUUGUUUUAGAAAUUAUUGCGUGAUAUGUCUUUAAUGGCUACUACAACAAAUAGCGGUUCUAUUACAAUAAAGUAAGACAGAAUUUUAAAACUGCAUACGUAUUCGCUGAGAUUUAUGAAGAUUGAACUAAUAUAGUUUCUUUUACUGAAAUGAAAACUAAAAAAGAUUGUAGACUUUGAAAAACAGUCAUACCCAGGAAAAUACGUAAAGGUUAGUGUAAAAAGUAGUAAGUAAGAACGAAAUAAGUAAAUAAAUAAAGUCAAAUUAAUGGCUAUAAAAGUUAUGUAAUCUUGUAGUGUGUUCAAUCAAAUGAUAUUUAAUGGCGUUCCAUUUUGCAAUGUUUAAAAACAUGUUACGGCUUUUUUGCACGUGGACAAAAUAUGCGCCCUCGUAGUAUUGAUCUGAGCACACCUUCAAAGUUAGAAUACCAGGAAUUGAUUAUUGUAUGUUUUCGAACUGCAGUUGCUAUGCAGUUGAAUUGUGAGGUUAUGCGCAUGCGUGAAUUGUUUAUUGAUGUUAACAUUUAAAUCAAUAAUUUAGUAUAUACUCAGAUGUUAUGAAUAUGUUCUUUGUUAUUUUUCAAUUUAGGGAUUUUAGUAUACUUGUAUGAGGAGGGCAGUGCAUUAAUACAGAAACAAUUAUCUUAAAGCAAUGAACAACAGUCACCAUAGUCUUAAUACAGGUGGCGUAUUACUGCUUUGGGGUCCGUACAUUAGAAUCUACUUUAAGUAAUCCUGAUCUGUAAAAUAAUAAAAAAAACUAGCUUAUAACAUAUUUAUUCUGAAUCUAUGGAAAUAUAAGCAGUAAAAUUAAAGUAAGGGCGGAAAUGUGAAUGAAGGUAUUAUGAAUGAUCAAUGUUUUUAAAUUUAUUGCAAAAAAAAAAAAAAAUCGAAAAGAUAUGUGGUUUCAUUAUAAUUAUACUAAAGUUAAAUAUACGAUGCCUAGUUGUCGCGACGGGCGCAGUUCUUGGUCUAUUUUUUAAACCUGAGAAGAAUUGACGCACGAAUCUCAACAGUUUUUUUUAAAUAAAAUUUCAUAUCAAAAUUUAUUAAUGAAAUAAGGGGGGUCUCUCCAUUCCCAAGCUAUGGUAUCAAUAAGAAAAUGAUUUAUGCUAUAGUUUUCUUUCCUUAAAAAUGAUCUUUAACAUUUUUUUUUAAUUUCGUUACUCAUUUGUUUUGUACAUUUUCUGGGAUCCUUUUGUAAAAGCAUCUACAUUGCCUUACAAGUUUAAUUUUAAUUGCCUUACAAUAUGUUUGUUCCUAGUGCUAACAUUAUAAUUAUCACAGUUUCUCGAAAGUUCGCAACUGUGCCUAUGUACAUACAGUAAAAAGAUCAAUAUCUUUCUAGUGACAGUCAAGGCGUUGACAGUUGGAGGCAGAUAAAAUUAACACCAGGCUAGUUUUAAGACAUUAACGGCCGUUUCCAUUUUUCAGUCAAUCUUCGGUUGUGGCCUACUUGAGAUAAAAAUCGUAACUAUCGUUGACUUUUCUGUCCCAAUAAACUUAUCGACGGUAACUCACCUAAUCGGUAUACGCUGUCUGUCAAUGGGAGGCCGUAUAGCUAACCAGCGAUAGAAGUUUGUAUGGAAAAUGUAAUUCACGCGUCCCAAUAUAAAGCGAUAAGAAUGACUUAUCGGGUAUAUUGGGACAGCUUCAGAUUAUUGACAGCUAAUUACUGACAGAAUAAGGUAGUGAUUUAUCUCUAUAUGUAGAUAGUAUAUUGGGACCGGCCGUAAGACUAUAUAUUUUUGCUUUGCUGUUAUAAAAAAAACUUUGAUACUAUUUGUGUUUAAAGUUAUUGACGUAACUUUCUUAGACUUCUUAAAUUAAUGUUUCAUAGGGCAUCGUAGUUUGGUUUUGUUUAAUGACCGAUAAACAAAAAAAAGCACACUCUGUAUAAAAAUGGGACAUGUAUUUUUACGUAAGUAUACUAUAAUCAUGUUAUAUUCAGGUAUAAAAUGAGUAAUAAUAUUUAAAUUCAUUUCCAUAAUAUGUUAGCUUCAAUUCUCAUGCUGUUUUGUUCUAAAAAUAAACGAAACUCUAAUUCAGUUUUAAAUUAUGUCUAUUUAAACUCAUACUACAUAGAAAAUACUUUUUAUUAAGGUGAUAAGAGUACAAGUUUAUUGUAAUUCAUUUCCUAGUUCAAUUGUCAAAGUGUAAAUCAAUCGACAGUAGUAGUUAUCGAGGUUGGUAUAUUAGUUUUUGAUAAUAUUUAUAUAAAAACGUGACUUUUCACACAAUUUUCAAUCAAUUGUAUCACUUACGGAUUUUUAUGUAAGUACGUAUAUUGUAAUAAAUAUAUCAUUAUUUGGCGCAUAUAAGAGCCUUUUGUAUGUUUGGUAAGGUGAAAAAUUGCCAAUUGCCAUGCCACAACCGACACCCGGACACGUGUCUAGUCACGCGAGCCCAUGAUAUUCCGAACCGAAUUAAUCGAAGGAAUGCUUCAUAUUAGAGUUAUAAGUCAUAUUAGAAUAAUAUGAUUUCUACGUUCUGUUAUUACCUAUCUAUCUUUUCCUCCUGUUUUUUUGUUUGUUUAUAUUUGUUCUCAUGUUAACAGACCUACCUGCGUAACUGGUGUUUACUUUUGCUAUUCGCUUGACUAUCGGGAACAUAUUAUGUAAAACAUGCAUUUUCCUAUGGUUGAAUGAAUUCAGUUAAGUUUUUUCGGACGUAGUUUAUUAUGUGUUUCUCUCCUCAGUGCUAGAAGGUUAAUAAUCCUAACGUAUACUCACGGCCUUACAAAUAAACUUUUCCGUUAAAUUGUUUAAAUGUUACUGCUAUGGUAAAUAUAGUGUAAUUUUGUGUAAUGAUUGUAAAUAAUAGAUCAAUACGAUUGGUGCUAAAGGUAUAAAAGGUGCUAUUAAGUAAAUCUCUUCAUAGAAAAACUGUUUGAUUGUUAUUUAUGGAAUCGAUAAAAAAUAGUAUUAUUAAUGAAAUUAUUAUUAUGUUAGAUAGCGAUUGAUUCUAUUUGGUUAAACAAUUUAUUUUUAUUUUUUUAACAUAAUAUGUGCUUUUCAUGUACAUUUUGAUCAAAUGUAUCUACUAUUAAGGAAUUUUUACAAAUGAAUUGUUAAGAGUGGCAUUUGAUUUAUAUUUUUCAGUGUACAAUAUGUAAGGCCACGUGUAUUUUACAGAUUUUAUAUUGAAAUAAACAUUUAUUACUCA